UUAGAUAACACUAUCCCGAAACAGGAAACUGAAAGUAGGAUUCUAAGAAAUGCCGAACUUCCUUGAACAGGCUAUUUGUUAUCUGUCUAUGCCAGCAAUGACGUCAUACAUGGGGGCAAGGCUUGAUUACUCCUUGGACGGAUAAGUAAUGUCACUUUGGCAUCUGACUAUGACACCGGGAGCAGCCUCGUACAUACUGAGGUUCCCGGAAAGUUAUCUAUAGCAUUUCAACUUAUCCGAGCAUCCGGCUGUGGCCAUAUACGACUAACUUGGCAGUGUGAUUUCUCCACCAGCUUAAUCCAGCUAUGAGUUCCACAAAUUACACCCAGCCUGUGCCAAGUGAUGGUGUGAAGAUUAACUUCUAUGGUGGCAUUCCCUGCUUGUUGAUCCCAGAGAGAGAACUCCCAUUAUCCGUGGAAGAAAUAUGUGAGAAAGCUGCCAACCAUGUUGUCUCCCAACUGCCAUCUUUCUCCGACGAUGAAGACACUGCCAGUGGAGACAGUAGCCACAGAAUGGCUUCAUUAACACUCCCGAUGUUCUCCCUCAUCAACCAUGAACACAAUCAGUGGAUGACGAUGAGGGAAAAACUCACUCGGCACGAUAUUCUCUAUGAAUUCUUCUUCAGAAUACGGUUUCGAUUUUAUAAUGCAAAUUUAAGCGAUCUGGAAAAAUUAGACAGACAAACAUGGGAGUACUUGUUCUGGCAGUUCCAUGAUGACUUUGUUAGCGAUAGGUUUUCCACUAUGUACAAUAAGAACCUUGAACGGCCUAAAGUUUUGGGUUUCGUUGUGAUGGGGUAUUUCAUCCCGAAACUCUGUACCAUGGUACAGAACAGCCCAGCUCGAGGUGGCAAGUAUCAUCCCCUUCAGUCAAACAACGGUCAUCCCAGAGUUACAGUCUGUGGUCUGAAGAAACAUUUGCCAGAAAGAGAACGUCUCAAUUUCAAAUGGCCGUGGCCCUAUUAUCGGUUAUAUCGGAGUGUUAAGGAGGAAGUGGGGAAGUUUGCCUCGGCCCAUGGCAAUAUUGGUGUGGAGAGAUACAUGCACACGUACAUGAAUGGUGUUCUGGAGGAAGUGGCGAAAUAUGGGUCAGAGUGUUACCAUGCAAUAGAACUUCUACAAACAAACCCGGAGAGGACACAGCCUGUGGACAUUGUCGUGGAUCCGUUCUGUUCCAAGCCUCCGGGAAUCUACUUCCACAUGCAGUUUGUGUGCACAUUUCAAGAUAUUGAGAACCUGGUCCUAGCCACCUCUUCAGAUCCAGCGUUUGGGGUGGAGGUUCGACUGAUACGGAGGAAUGGUGCCCUAAAGAUGCUAAGGUUCAGAGAGAGCAAGAUGGCAGAAUCGUUUGUGUCUUGUGUGGAUGGAUACUGUCGUCUCCUGCACAACUUCUAUGACAGCAUAGCUACACAGGUGCUUGUGGAGCCCCCCUCACUCACUCAGCUGAAGGAACUGAAGGCCUUUGGGCCGAUGCUGAGAAAAGAUGCGGAGAGUAAGAUGCAGAAAGAGUUAUCUGCCUUUGAAGAUGACCUCAACCAGCGAGAGGUGUGUUUCCUCAUCUACCAGAGUGUCCACAGCCUCACAGAGUUUUGGGUGAUGAAGCAGUCUCGCAAGGAGGAAUCAGCAUCACACCUACGAUUGUCUUACAACCGGCGAAACCAGAAAUUCACACUGUACAGGGAUAUUGGAGAUCUGAUUUUUCACACACCCGGGGACCUUCUGAUGCAUUUCAGAAAGCAAGCAAACAUGAUCCGCCCCAAAACUGAAUGCAGCAUCUCGGAGCUGUACCGCAGUGAUGAAAUUGACUACUAUUGCUCCACCAACACUCCUGCUACAGGGUCCACCGUGAGGAAGGGUCCGACACUGUUUGGAGUUGACAUAUGUAAAGAGGACUUCAGCAUCGUAGGGCGGGGCAGGUUCACCCAGGUGUUGGAAGGCAUGCUGUAUGAUGAUGAUAAGGAUGAGAAGGUCACCAUUAAAGAACUUAAACUUGGUGAAGGACACAAAAGUGAGGAUUUCCAGAAGGGUGUGUGGAAACUCAUGCAGUUGGAGCACCACAAGACGUUUGUGAAGCUACAUGGCGUGUUGAUGGCGCCGCCGUUCCGAGUCAUCCUGGAGCAUGCCCCUUUGGGGGACCUGCUGACCCUGAUGGGGCAGUCCCCCAUGCAGUUCAGUCUGACCCAGAUCAUAUCUGUUGUAGAGCAGCUGACACAGGGACUGAAGGCCAUGGAAGAGAAACAAAUCUUUCACGGAAACCUGCGGUGUCGGAACAUUUUAGUGAUGAACGUGACAGCCCUUGAUCUGCUUGUGAGGAUCAGUGACCCAGGAAUGGAAGCCCACUAUGUCAGCAAUGCUAUCAGCGAUGAACAGAACAUCGAGAGACUUCCUUGGGUUGCAGUUGAGAGAUUUGACAAUCUCCGGAAAUUGGAUUCAGCUUCUGAGAUUUACUCCUUUGCAAUGACAUGGUGGGAGAUGCUGUCAAAGGGAACCCAUCCAAAUAAGGCCAUUAACCUCCCAGCUGAUGCAUCAUGGAAAAACUUUUUCAAAGAGGGCGGCCGCCCCCCUCGGCCUGAGAUUGUGACUGUGACCGAGGAUGAUCCGGCACCGGACUGCAAGGAUGGGAUCUGGAAGUACAUAGAGCUGUGCUGGGACUCAGAUCCCGAAAACAGGCCCUCUGUUAAAGACAUCUCCCGGAAGGUUUACGAAUUGUGUGACCAAGUCAGGGAGCAGGAGCAGGACCUGGACAUCCCUUCCUGGGAGCAGGUGGUGAAGCAGUGGAAGGAGCAGGUCCAUCAGAACCAGAGUCCAGAGGAGAGUGUUCCCGUCACAGAUACUGGUGACACCGUCAUCCACUCGGAGCGCCUGGAGGUUGAUGAGACUGAUAAAGGGAAGCUGGGCGCUGGCUACUACGGGACCGUCAGGAAGGCCAAGCUGUAUGAAACAACAUGCAACAAGAGCCAGAAGCCAGUUAACUUUAAAUUUGUGGCUGUCAAGGAACUGAAGAAGUUUUCUUCAGCAAGUGAAAAAAUAGACUUUGUGCAAGAAAUUCAUCUUGCAUCUAAGCUGUCCCACAAAAAUAUUGUGAAGAUUGAAGGAGUCUGUAGCUCACCCAAGCAGCUGUUGGUGAUGGAGUUUGUGGAACGAGGAGCCCUCAACACCUAUCUCCACUCUUUGAGGAACAGUUCCCCAAACCCCAUAACCCUAUGCAACUUUACUGUAGAUGUUGCUGAGGGCAUGAAAUAUCUCCACUCAAAGAAGAUUGUUCACCGAGACCUUGCUGCUCGCAACAUCCUCCUGACUCAAGAGAAAACUGCUAAAAUUACUGACUUUGGUUUGUCCCGGCUUCUUAAAGACAAGAAUUACUACAAGGGAUCCAUGGAAAAACCACUGCCUGUACAUUGGUGUUCUCCUGAGGCUAUAGGGCAACGCCGGUUCAGCACAAAGGGGGAUGUGUGGAGUUAUGGCAUCCUGCUAUGGGAGAUCUUCAGUCUGGGCAAGAAGCCACACCUGGUCGAAAGUGAUGAAAAGAUUAUUAUGCAAGAACUGUUUUUAAGCAUGAAAAGAAAUAAAAGAUUAGAAGAGCCAUCUCAUUGUGUUGAGGGGUUCUAUCAGUUGAUGAAGGACAAGUGCUGGCAGUUUGAUCCCCAGGCAAGACCAGACUUUGAUGAAAUUGUGACAAUGGUUUAUCAACUGCGAAGAAAUUGUGACAACAAUGGCAGGAGGCUGUCAUAAGAGACAUGUAUACCAUAGACAGAUGUCUCAUGUAUCUCGUCUGACCACCCAAUCCCAUAAGUCACCUCCUUUGACAAACAUGGGUUUCUGAAGACCAAUUCUAACCCUGAUCUACAUCCUACGUGGACUUGUGGUAGAGCAUCCGCCUGGAGAGCAGAAGGUCAAAGGUUCGAUCCACGGCUGUGUCAUCCCAUAUACAUGUAGUCAAUAGUUGGUACUUGUUGUUAACCUGCACUCAGCAUUAAGGGGUUAAAACAAGAACUGGUCGGCUCGGAGUUAGUAUACUGCCGCAUGGUAUCGCAAUAAAAACUGCAUACGUCCGGACUAGACACACGCACGCACGCACGCACGCACGCACGCACGCACACGCAUACACGCGUACGUUACUAUAUGCGUUAAACCCCCAUUCAUGAUGGUCACAUGAUGGUGUUCUGUCUCACAAGUCACCUGUCACAGGUUGGGUGUUGUCUGUGAUGUGAGAUGGCACCACAGUCAACAAUCCAGGCAUAUCGCUCUCCUAUGAGGCUUCUAUUGUCUUUGGAGGAAUGUACAGUCCAUGGUUAUCAGUGAUGACAAAAUAUGUAAUGUCAUCAGUUUAGGAUUUUAGAUAUCUAAGCCUUGAGUUUUGAGAAACGGCAAUGUACUGUUGUUCUGUCAUCAAGCUAACUCUUGUCCGAUUCACAGGAACUCAUGAUAUCGUGUUUAGAAUAAUAUAUUCGCAUAGAAAAUAAUCACACCCCUCUAAAUAUAUGUAUAUGGAGGGUGUGAUUUUUUUCUAUACAAAUAUAUUAUGCUGUACACGCUAUCAUUGAGUUCCUGUGGUACGAAUGUCAGAUCACUGACAACGUCUAAGUAUUGAGAAACAAUGCUUUGUACUGUCGUCAAGCUAAACCUGUCAGAUUGUUCACAAUGCUAAUUGUGUUAUUUGUAAUCCAAUUUCUUGGUUUAUGUUUUCAUUUCCAAGAGCCAUGGUCACAUCUGGUGAACUGAAACAUGUAAAUAUACUUGCUUCCAUGUACAAUAUGUAUUGUAUAGUUAUUGAUGUUUGAGAUUUAUGGUACAGUUGUUUGUUGUUAGAGAUGUUAAAUCAACACUCGUCCAACCAAAUAUUAUGAAUUGUAUUUGGCUGUGACAUGUUUAAUGUGAUAUGAACUGUUUGAACAUGUCUGUUUUACGUUUCUCACAUAUUUGGUAUAUCUGUACUCAAGAGCCCUGUAUAUGCUUGAUGCAUCUACUUGCUGUAAAACUCUACAUAUCAGUGCUAAUCACACAUCACGUCUCCACCAGCCCUUGUUACAUAGCAUUACUAUCGGGUCUUCCAUGGUAUACAAUGGUACCAUCAGGUCUUCCUUGGUAUUAGGGGAGACCGUCAAGUCUUACAUGGAAUUUGGGGAGACCAUCAGGUCUUCCUUGGUAUUAGGGGAGACCGUCAAGUCUUACAUGGAAUUUGGGGAGACAUCAGGUCUUCCUUGGUAUUAGCGGAGACCGUCAAGUCUUACAUGGAAUUUGGGGAGACCAUUAGAUCUUCAUGGUAUUUUGGAAGACCAUUAGAUCUUCCAUGGUAUUAGGGGAGACCAUUAGAUCUUCCAUGGUAUUAGGGGAGACCAUCAGGUCUUCCUUGGUAUUAGGGUUAGUUGUUUACCGCCGCACUCAGCAGUAUUCCAGCUAUAUGACGGCAGUCUGUAAGUAAUCAAGUCUGGACCAAACAAUCCAGUGAUUGAUAUCAUGAGCAUAGAUCUACGCAUUAGGACACAAUGACAUGCAUUAACCAAGUCAGCGAGUCUGACCACCCGAUCCCGUUAGUCGUCAUUUACGGCUAGCAUUCGUUGCUGAAGCCUCAACCCCAGAUCUCCACAGGUCCUAACUAAAUUGAAUCAUGACUGUAAGAUCUAUAUGAUAUAUAUAUUCGGCUAAGAUUAUAAUCAACAUAGGCGUCACACAUACAUAAUAUUAUAUGUACUGUUUUUUCAGUGGUCAUCCUUGGCUGUCCAUUUUAAUGCCGGGGACCCCAAAAUGAAUUACUGAGAGUCCCCAGGACUAGACAAAUACAACCAAGGCUCGCAUUUCGGUAAACCGACACUAACCCCUGGCACAUCCCCCAUGGUUCUCGCUAUCUUAAAUUACCUGCCCUUGAUUUUCAUUACCAUUUUACCAACCUAACAUCGAGAUAAGGAAAAAGAAAAUGGUGACGUGGGGGGGGGGGGGGUAACUCAUAUUGCCCAGAAAUCACAGCCACUGCCAGUUGUGACGGACACAAAGAUUCCUUUGUGUGUCAGUCAGUUUUGCAACUUAAAAUUUCUAGCAAACACUAUCGCAAUCAGUGGGACGGGCCGCCAUGUUUUUGAUGUCACCCAUCCAACAUUGAGGCUGGUUUGUAACCCGCAUUCUGAUUGGUCCGUUAGACCUAGUAGUGUAGCCAAUCAAAUUAGCUAAAGGAAGUUGAGGGCAGGUAAUUUGAGAUUGCAAGAACCACAGGGAAGUCCAGGGCCCCGUUCCACAAAGCGAUCUUAGCCCUAAGGUGAUUGUAAGUGCCAUUCUUUAACAUAGGUUUACGAUCAUCGUAGCGCUAAAAUCGAUUUGAGGAACAGGGCCCAGGGGAUAGUAAGUUUCCUGAAAUGCUAGCUCUGGAGAUAUAGAAGAUGGACAAUAUACAGUUAUCAGGAAUGAAAUGAUGAGAAAUAAAGAGGUAUGUUUGUCACUUUUGUCCAUAUGAACAUGAAAUACUUAACAUGGGCUGACUUUAUUGGUUAUGUUGAACUUGGGGAAGUUUGUGGAAUGUACCUUGCUUUACUCUUGUUAAGGAAUCAAAGAAGUAUGAUUGCCUUGCUGAUGUAUGUUUGAGCUAAUAAAUGUAUUACUCUGGAGAAACUA